UUUUUUUUUUUUUCUCCUUUCUCCCCUUACUUUUUUUUUUCACUGUGCUUCACUAUUUCAACCCAUGAAUUAUAUUUCUCUCUCUCUCUCUUUUUUUCCUCAUUAUACUUUUUCUACCUCCCUUUCCUUUCGUUUCUUUUUAUUAUUUAUUGCUAUUAUUAUACCCAUAUUACAAUAUGAUAUCGAAUAACAGCAACUGUCAAACACUUUUGUAUCAUUCACUUUCUUCACAACAGGACAAUUGCAACAACAUGUUAUUAUUACGUUCAGAACUUGGUCAGUUAAGAGAACAGUUAUUGAAAAAGACAGAACAACUAAAGCAACAACAACUGGAUAUGGAACAACUUAAUAGUAAAUAUGUCGCUGCUUUGGAUCAAGUUGCUACCAUACAACACGAAAAAGAUUUGGCCGAAAGGGAACUAGAAGACCUCACCUGUCGAUUAUUUGAACAAGCAAAUGUAAUGGUUGCCAAUGAAAAACGGGAAGUGUAUCGUUUACGUACUGAAUUGGAUAGAACUCAACAAUUAUUGGUGUUGGAAAAAGACAAAUAUAAACAACUUUUAUUACAAAAUCAUCAGACUAUGGAACAAGUAUCAACCUCCUCUUUAGAAAACAAUUUGGAAAAUAGUAGUAUUACUCCUAGUUUAAUAUUAUCACCAUCAACUUCAGAUUGUUUCCAAACAACAAUAUCAUUAUUGGAUUAUGGUGGCAACAUGGAAUUUUUAUAUGAUCAACAACAAAUGCAACUUUUUCAACAAUUUAUUCAAACACUUGCACAUAAACCCUGCUUAUUACAAAAUAAACAUCACCCCUUUAUGAAACAAUGUCUGAUUGGCGAUGUGGAACCUUGUUUGAACUUUGGACCUCAAAAUAGAUUGGCUUCUAUCAAAAAAAUGAUCGAUUCAAUGUUACAGCAACCUUGUGUAUUGGAAGAAAUGACAAUAGAAUCACCAUUACCAGCAAAUCAAACAACAACAACCACAACAACAACAAACAAUAGUAGUAGUAGUAUUGGAUUACGAUGGAACCGAUUUAUGUCAGGGGCAUCACUUGUGGACUGUGCUGGAUGUGGGAACACCCUGGAUAUGCACCAUUAUUAUCGUUUUCGUCUCAAUGAAGGGGGAGACAAUGAUUGGUUACAUCUGGAUAUGCCCUGUCGUGAUCGUCUAAUGGCUGUAUGCACCUUUUUUGGAUUUCUACGCCAAUUUCUAGUCAAGACACCUAUUGAAGAUGAUGAUGAUCAUGAAAAACAGAAUAUAGACCAAAAGGAUGACACUAUGACAACUGAUAAAACUACUACUACUACUACUUCAAAUGAAAAAAUGCAAUAUAUGGAAAUGAUUCAAUUAAGGUUGGCUAUGUUUUAUGCUCGCGUUGGUGUUCGUCGAUCUUCUUGUUGGAUGGAUGAUGAUGGUCUUUCUACAAUCUCUACUCAAGGCCCAAUGACUCCUGUUGCUUCUGUAUCAAAACAAAUGACAAAUCAUUCUGUGGAUGGGAAUUGGCAUCAACAUUUUCUUAGUAGUAAAUAGUGAUGAUAUGUUUUUAAUUUAGUCUAGUAUUCGUUCAAUGAUGAAGAAUGAUUUUUUUUUAAUAAAAGUACUUUAUAUAAAACUUUUUUUUUUUUUUGGCUUGAGUAUUGAAGGAUGUACGUCAAACUUUAAAUCAUGUUGCUUUUCUAACCAAGUUACCAUCAUACACUUUUUUAUAUAUGCAAUUUGUUGUCAGUUAUUCAUUGUCAGCUGACUUUAUUUUUUUUUUUUUUCUUUUUAAUCCUUUCCAAUUCAUCCUAGUUAAA